AUGAGGGGGUUGAGUGACAAGGCCGUGCCGCCUUCGAGACCGUAUAAAGAGGAAGUCUCGCCAAUCUUGCCGUCGAACGCGCCAGACAACUUCACCAAAAUGCUCCUCCCAAGCUCUACAUCCCUCCUCUUCCUCUUCCUCGCCUUCACCGCAGCAGCAACCUCCCAGUCAACACCCACCCCUUCUCCAUCCCAACCACCCAUCGACGACGGCACAGUCUGCCCCGGGUCCACGAUCCCCUGCUGGGAAGGCUGCAUGCCGCCCGACGGCGUCUGCUGCCACGGCUCCUCCAAGACCUGGUGGUGCCAAAAGGGCGAUACGUGCGGCAAAAGAGAAGCCGCCGGCUGCUUCCACCCACCGAAACGAGCCUCUUCCUCUUCCUCUUCCUCCUCCUCUGCCCCUACAACAAGCGACGACUCCCUCGCUACGGCCACAGAGAGCGUGACGAGACCGAGUCUGACGGCAGCGGCGACGACGACGACGACCGGCACCCGGCUUCCGACGUGCGUCUUCCAGAUCCCGCCCAUCGUACAGAGGCAGCAACGGGAAAAGGUAACAACGACAGUGUCGGCGUGUCCCACCGAGCUGACCUCGGCCACUUCCGUCCCGGGUGCCGCUAGGGGAUCCGGGCCGGCGGCGAUGGGUCAGUCGUGGGCGGUUCUCACGUCGAUCGGUGUCGCGGUCGGUUUUGUGAUGAUGCUGGUCUGA